AAUUCAAACUAAGUUGUUCUGUGAUCUGUCACUGUCAUUAUAUCGGAAACCGUCAAAUUCGGUCAAAUAAUAUUAAAAUUGUCGAAAUAGUACAACUUUACAAAGAUGGGAGGACACGGCCAUGCACCUCCCUACAAAGUCCCUAACUAUAAACAGUUUACAAUCAAGGGCAUUCCCCAACUAGAAGAACUUGAAAAGGCUCUCGAGAAGAAAGGCCUUCGUGACCCGUGGAUCAGAAACGAAGCCUGGAGGUAUCACCCAGGGUUUGGCACAAAAUGGGCUCGUGCUGGCAAGGCUAUUUUCCGAGGUUUCCCGUUAGGCUUGGGCCUAGCCAUCAUCACUGUGGGCUUGGAGAAGCUACUCACUCCUAAGCAUACUGAAGAACAUUGAUGUGCAAGCUCAUUAGUGCUAUUGAUCAUGUAGUCCAGUAAUCUAAUAUAUUAAAUGUAUUGUUGCUUUAUUUUAUA